AGUCAAUGACGUAGACGGGGAGCUUGGCGGAGAGGUCGCGCGCACACUGAGCGCGGGGAGAUUCGAAACUGGUAGGCUAAUGACCCGUGGUCAGAGGUUUUGUGAAGUGAAAACUUAAAUUGUGUUCAGAGUUCAGACUUAUGUUAUUGGUACCUAUCUUCUUAAUCGGAAACUUGGGCUAAAAGACCUGUGUUCAGCGCUGCAUGCCGUUUUGAGAGUCGAGUUGACUAGCUCUAGUUUGCGUGCCUUGCUAGUUUCACAUCCAAGACGAAGACCACAUAGCCUAGCCAGCGUAUUUUGUGCAACUCCUUUACUUUGAAGCUGAACAUGCAGAGGACUACUCGCCUGAAACGUGAACUACAAAUGCUCUCGACCGAGCCACCAUCGGGAAUAUCUUGUUGGCAGUCGGAUGACCGAAUUGAUGAUCUUCAAGCUCUGAUUGUUGGAGGUGCCAACACGCCAUACGAAGGAGGUGUGUUCAGUCUGGAGAUCAAAAUACCUGAAAGGUAUCCUUUUGAACCACCCAAAAUGCGCUUCCUGACUCCAAUCUAUCACCCUAACAUUGACAACGCAGGACGCAUUUGCCUGGACGCACUCAAACUACCACCCAAGGGAGCCUGGAGACCGUCUCUGAACAUCUCUACAGUUCUCACCUCCAUUCAGCUGCUCAUGGCUGAGCCCAACCCAGAUGACCCCCUCAUGGCUGACAUCUCGUCUGAAUUCAAGUACAACAAGCAGGUCUAUCUGGAGAAAGCCAAAAGCUGGACUGAGAAACACGCCGUCCAGAAAAAUGAUGGUCAAGUGAAAUCUGCAGAAAAGGCUGCUGACCCAAAGGACUUGUCUCGCAAGAGGGAACCCCUCAAAGAACAGCAGUCACUACAGGCCAAGAGGCCCUGCCUUUAGGUGUGUACUCACGGUGGGUAAGCAUUUGUACAUGUUUAACUUUGAUUUCCUGAGAGUCUCUGCGGGUUCUUCCUCAUCCCCUCCGGCAGCAAGUACCUGGUGCAGCAAGCAAACAUGAGGAGGCUAUACAGGGCCUAGCUGAGCAAAGUCAUGACAAGAUACACACACACACACACACACACACACACACACACACACACACACACACACACACACACACACACACACACACACACACACACCAAAGUCCCUUGACAGGAAGAGGGCUUACUGGACUUAACUUGUGAUUUACUCACACACAUCAGUUUUCAGGUGUGUAGGAGAUUUUCUUGAACGAGCAGCGUUCCAGUUUUAGACCUUGAAGGUCUGGUACUGAGACAUUGUGUUUUGGAGAGAGCGGUGGAAUGGUCUGUGUGCAGGAUUUUCUUUCAAGUGGGCUGAUUUGUAUAUGUUUGUAAUAUAUUCUUAUUUCUUGCAUUAGUUUUAAAAAUAGUGCUGCUCAGAUCCUACAACUCCUUAUACUAAUCUGCUGCUCAUUUUUGUGCUCUGAAAGUUUGUCAGUUAGUUGUGUAAAUUGUUUCUGCACACAUGUAUGGUGUACUUUUUUCUAUGUAACUGAAAAGUGUUUGUAUAUCUUCUUGUUCUGACUUCAUCUGAAUAAAUUUCAUUGGUGCACACUGA